AUUAAUCCCCCAUAUACCAAAGCUAGAAACAUUGAGUUCCAAAUUUUGAAAAUGAACAAAAACACAUUGAUUAUGAGUGAUUCCAAAAUUCCCAUAAUUGAUCUCACCAAAUUAGACAAGUACUCAAAUUCUUGGGUACCAUUGUGCAAUAACGUUCGACAUGCACUUGAAGAAUAUGGUUAUUUUAUAGCACUCUAUGACGAUGAUAAGAAGAAUAAGAUUUCAAAGGAAAUAUUUGAUGUAAUGGAAGAAUUAUUUGAUCUUCCCAUUGAAACAAAGAGAAAAAACACUUCUGACUUUUAUUUCUAUCAAUGGAAUGGUCUACUGAAACAAGCUCCUCUUCAUGAAAGCUUUGGGAUCCCUCAUCCAACUGAUGUUGAAGCACUACAAAGCUUCACUACACUUAUGUGGCCACAAGGCAACCAAAGAUUUUGUGAAACAGUGACAUCGUACGUCAAGGUAGCAGCAGAAGUAGAGCAAUUGGUGGAUAAAAUGGUAUUCGAGAGCUAUGGAGUAGCAGAAAGGCACUAUGAAUCUCAUGUUGCAGCCACUACAUACCUCCUCCGCCCUAUUAAGUACAGACCACCACUCCAAGGGGCGGAGGACGGGUCUGGCAAUAUCGGUUGCAAUGCACACACGGAUAAAAGCUUCUCCACACUUCUCUUUCAGAAUCAAAUAAAUGCUUUGCAAGUUGAAACCAAAAGUGGAGAGUGGAUUGAUGUUGAUGUCCCUCCCUCCGCCCUCGUCUUCAUGGCUGGUGAUGCUUAUGAGGCAUGGAGCAAUGGAAGAAUAUAUGCAGCAAGGCACCAAGUGUUGAUGAAAGAGGAUAAGCAAAGGUAUACAUUGGCGUUAUUCACAUUCAACAAAGGAAUAACAGAUAUACCUGAGGAAUUAGUGGAUGAAACACAUCCUAUACAAUACAAGCCUUUUGAUAAUUUUGGAUUAGCUUGGUACUACCUCUCUGGUGCUAGCUCCAUGGCUCAUGGCACUGCUAAACCUUACUGUGGAUUUAGUGCUACGUAACUUCAAUUUCAUGUUCUUACAAUUAAGAUUUCAUAGUCUGGAAAUUGAAUUAUUAAGGAAAUAAAAGACAAACUAUGUAACAAGUGUGUGGGACUUCAAUUAUAUAUAAAUCCAUUCGGUCAACUUCUCUACUUAGUUCACUCAAACUACCAAUCGUUUAAUUUUCAAAAAAAAUAAACUAGUUCUCUAAAGAUUAAAAUUAAAUGUUCUCUUAGAUCUCAUGACCCUGUCCACUGGCAAGUGACAAAGGAGAAGAAAAUACUAAUUCACACCAGCGUUUUGCACCAAACCAAAUUAAUUUAGCAUAGUUAAGCGAUAAGUUACAAAUAUUGACAAGGUAACCUAGUAUAGCUGAGUUGUACAAACAACUUCUAGAUACAAAACCAUUGAUUAGAUUGUUUAAGGAGGUUUCUGCAUCAAAUUGUCAUUGCUUACCUCACAUCUUGAUCAAAGGUCAACUUCAUGCUGUAUGAGGUCAAUCUGCACUAAUGGGACUGUUCCCUGAUGUUGUCCAAUUGCUGAUGGAACACCGAUGGUAUCCAUCUCUUAGCUCUGAGAUGCACGUCGGAAAUAAUAC